CAAUAGCAAAAAAAUUUGAAGAAAAGGAAGCAAUGACAAACAAAUUCGAAGAAGGAAAAGAAACAAUGACCAAAAAAUUUAAAGAUGAAAAAGAAGCAAUGCCGAGAAAAUAUAAAAAAGAAAAAGAAGCAAUAAUAAAACAAUUCGGAGAAAAAGAUGAGAUGAUAAAAUUUGAAGAAUCCACAAAGCAGCAAGAACUUUGCAA